AUGAAGCCGAUAAUUGCGGUUCCUUCUAUCCUGGCUCUAGUGUAUCGAGCGUGGUCUCGAAGGUCCCUUACGCCGGUUGGCAUUAUUGCUGCUGUGCUCACUGCCGUGGUUCAUGCCAUGCAUCCGAGCUCCGCGCCAUUCGCUCUACUCGUUGCAUUCUUCCUGGCCGGAACCUAUGUAACCAAGGUAAAACAUGAUGUGAAGUCUCGAUUGACUAUUUCUUCGUCUGGUUCUGUUGGGGGGGAAGCGCCUCGAACUCAUGUUCAGGUGCUGGCAAAUUCUGUUGUUGCGUCAAUAUUAAUUCUUUUGGAUACCCGACGGCUGUACCAACUUGGCCCGGUGGAAUCCCAUUGCUUCCCAUCCGGAGGAGAUAUUUUAAUGAUUGGGAUUGUCGCGAACUACACUGCUGUCGCUGCUGACACAUUUUCAAGUGAACUUGGGAUUCUCUCGAAAAGCCAGCCCAGGUUGAUUACCUCAUGGAGCUUACGAAAAGUCCCUCCAGGCACUAAUGGCGGUGUUACCAUAGCAGGAUUCCUGGCAGCUGUUCUAGGGGCUUUCAUCAUUGGAGUUACAUCCUUGUUACUGCCAUUCUGCUCCACCGAAUCCCAAGUUAACUUACCCAAAUCUCGUUUCAACACAGUUUGGGGGUUGAGAGAGAAGUUCAUCUGGAUUCUAGUUGUCACAAUAUGGGGCACGCUAGGGAGUGUGUUGGAUAGUGUUCUGGGAGGUCUCCUACAAGCCAGCGUGGUUGAUAAACGUACUGGCAAAAUUGUAGAAAGCGCUGGGGGGCUAAAGGUUCUCGUACACCCAGGAGAAGCAAUUAUCACCGGCCUUGAAGAGCCGUCCAACAGGGAAGGAAGCAGUAUCCGUGUUGCGGAAGACAUAGCAAACAUCCUAACCUCCAAGCCCAUUCUGAGGGAACGCCGGUCUUUCAGUUCUGGAGAGCUCCCUGACCCGGAGCAUGAAAGCCGCAAGAUUGAGGCUGGGCACGAUAUAUUGGAUAACAACCAAGUCAACAUUUUUAUGGCAUUUAUAAUGAGCUGCUCCGCGAUGGCUGUUGCGUGGUAUGUUUUGUAA